CUGUUCUAAACAUGUCUCAGCAUGCACAUUAAACCUUCUUGACUUUUUUGUUCUGGAUAGAAUGUUCUGGGAAAUCUCUUAUCUCGGAGAUGACCCCCCUCCCCCCAAUAUUUCAUUACAUCUCUGCCACUGGAGUUUCAGUUAGCUAUCUCAAUGUUCUCAUUGGUCAGAAAAUACAAAUGACUGGCUGUAAUCACAUGAUGAGAUAUGCUGUUUUUCCCCAUGCUGUGUCAAAUGUAGUUCACAGAAAGAAAUUUGAAUUGUAAAUAGCUUAUUAGCUUUAACUAUGUAGUAAUUACAAAGAUUAAUCAAAAGACUAAAAUAUAACCAAUUGAAUUGUCAUCGAGGAUCAAUACGAUUCUGACAUUCAACAUUCGACUUAUUUCAACAUAAGUGGAGGUAUUGGUGUGACAAACAGGUAAAGCUGUGGAUUUGUGAUUUGUCUUCAUUGAACGACGUUUUUUCAAAAGACCCGGGGAAAUUCACUUGGAGAGUCUGUGUGACAGACGAGAAUUUGAAGGAAAGUAGGUGUUAAAAGAAUUUACAAGCUGUACAACAAAUGGCUGUCCAUUAUCCAACUGCGCCGCCAACCUACAGCGAAGUGGUCGAAGAUCCAUCGUCUAGUAUCCAUAUACAGAAUGCCGUUCCAGCCACACAAGUCGAAAUAAGUGUCAAAUGCAAGAAUUUAGCUGACAUGGAUUUGUUUUCCAAAUCUGACCCAGUCGUGGUGCUUUUUGUAAAAUCUGUUGAUGGUAGAGAGUGGAGAGAGUUUGGCCGAACCGAAGUAAUCAUGAACACUUUGAAUCCCGUGUUUGUGAAAAAGUUUAUUAUGAAUUAUUUUUUUGAAGAAAUUCAAGAACUUCGCUUCCACGUUUACGACGUAGAUUCCAAUUCGCCACGUCUAUCUGAUCACGAUUUCAUUGGUCGACUCGAUAUCACGUUGGGCUCAAUAAUAGGAGAACAUGGUGGACGUCUGGAGGCCAAAUUGGAAAAUAAAGAGACAUCGAAAUGUGGUUCUAUCAUUUUAACUGUGGAAGAAGUUAGCGAAUGCAAGGAUGUUGCAACGCUACAUUUCAAAGCAAACAAAUUGGAUAAAAAAGAUUUCCUUGGUAAAUCCGAUCCUUUUCUCGUGUUUUAUCGAUGCAACGAAGAUUCAAGUUUUACGGCUGUGCACAGAACAGAGGUUAUAAAGAAUACUUUGAAUCCAAUGUGGAAACCAUUUAGCGUCCCAGGGCGAGCGUUGUGUAACGGUGAUUACGAUAGAUCAAUUCUUGUCGAAUGUUACGACUGGGAUCGAGACGGAGGACAUGAUUUCAUUGGUCAUUUUUCAACAACACUUCGAGAGAUGAACAAUAGUCAACUACGAGGGAUCACGUGGGAGGUUGUGAAUACUAAGAAACAGAGGAAGAAAAAAAAGUAUAGAAAUUCCGGGACUGUCACACUUCUGCAAUGUAAGGUAGAACAACAGCCGACGUUUUUGGAUUUUAUUCGCGGAGGGACGCAAUUAAGCUUCGUUGUUGCUGUUGAUUUUACUGCAUCCAACGGCGAGCAAAAUAACCCGAACUCUCUUCAUUAUAUCAACCCAUACGAACCAAAUCUUUACGUGAAAGCGCUCUCGGCUGUCGGAAGAAUUUGCGAAGAUUAUGACUCGGAUAAGUAUUUUCCAGCCUUCGGAUUUGGUGCCAGACUCCCUCCACAUUGGCAAGUUUCUCACGAGUUUGCUUUGAACUGGAACCCUGAGAACCCCUAUUGUAGUGGAGUGUCCGGUGUUGUCAGCAGUUAUCGAGAUUGUAUACAAAAAGUUAAACUGUAUGGACCAACGAAUUUUGCUCCAGUGAUCAACAGCUGCUCAAGAAUCGCAAGAGAUAGCAUCCGACGUAAUCAUGGAAGCGAGUAUUUUGUUUUGCUUAUUCUGACCGACGGAAUCAUUUCAGAUAUGGCACAAACUAAAGAAGCCAUUGUCAAUGCGGCAUCCCUUCCCAUGUCGAUCAUAAUCGUUGGAAUUGGACCUGCCGAUUUUGAAGCAAUGGAAGUUCUUGACGGAGAUGUUGUACGUCUGUCGUCGAGAGGUCGCGAAGCGGAACGCGACAUUGUUCAAUUCGUUCCUUUCCGGAACUAUCUCAGCAGUCGCUAUGGUGACGUCACAAGUGGUGCAAGACUGGCGUCGGAUGUACUCGAGGAGCUCCCGGGACAAUUCUUGGAAUACAUGAAAAAACACAAAAUUCAGCCUCGACAGCCGUAAUUUUGAACAUAGUCUCAGUCUUUAUAGAAAGAGGGGAAAAACUCCGAAAAGAUUUUAACACAAGAGAACGAGCAUUUGGACACAUUUUCUCUGUGGAUGAUCUGAAAUAAUAGGUUUGAGCUGUGACUAGGUAGGAAAUAAAAUAGUACUUUAAAUAGUCUUUGAAUUCUUCGCUACUCCACAUAUUGUUUUCUGGUAGUCUUUCGUCGCGAAUUCCGUUUUGAUAAUGCUUCUGUAUCGAAUUGUUCGCCAAGUGAAUACAUCUGCAGUAAAAUUAAGUAUGAAGAACAUUCAAAUGUAGAAUUAUAUAUGUACACUAUACAGCUAUGCUGUACAUUUGCAGUAAUAUUAAGUAUGAAGAACAACAUUCAAAUAUAGAAUUAUAUAUGUACACUAUACAGCUAUGCUGUACAUUUACAGUAAUAUUAAGUAUGAAGAACAACAUUCAAAUAUAGAAUUAUAUAUGUACAAAAUACAGCUAUGCUGUACAUUAACUUUAUGAUUAAGUAUGUAGAACAACAUUCAAAUAUAGAAUUAUAUAUGUACACAAUACAGCUAUGCUGUGCAAUGUAAAA